CACUCACUUUCUCCCUGGACCGGGCUCUCCGGACUCACUUUUGCUCAGAGUCAAGAGUCACCGCUACCUGUGAGCCCUUUCACAAAGGGUUAAUGGGUGGUUCCAAUUCUAGCUCACUCCCCUCCAGCCUGUGAACUCUCCCCCUCUCUCCCUCUCUGCAAGGAGCUUUGGAGAGACUCCUGAGACAAACCCACACACAAACAUUGGAUUAGUCUGGAAAUUGAGCGCGUAAAGAUCCAUCAAGUUUCUGAACAUUUGCUUGGGAGAAAGGCAAGCUGUGUCCCGGCAUCUUUCUGGGCUGAAAAGAGAAACAGAAAAAUGGAGCUUCACAAGCUGAAUGGCCACAGCCAGGAUGAAGGGUUUGACGGGUUGGAAUCAGUGGCGGAGCGCGUCGUCUUUAUCCAAGACAAAAACGGCCCGAAGAAAGAAGUCCACUUCACUGAUUUCGAGGGAAAGACUUCCUUCGGAAUGUCUGUCUUUAACCUCAGUAACGCUAUAAUGGGCAGCGGGAUUCUCGGAUUGGCUUUUGCAAUGUCCAACACUGGAAUUCUGCUCUUCAUAGUGCUGCUGGUGUUCAUCGCCAUCCUGUCGGCGUAUUCUAUCCACCUCCUGCUGAGAUGUGCAGGGGUUGUCGGCAUCAGGGCGUAUGAGCAGCUGGGGAACAGAGCCUUCGGCCCCACUGGGAAAGUUCUCGCGGCCUGCAUCAUCACAGUACACAACAUCGGAGCUAUGUCCAGCUACCUCUUCAUUGUCAAGUCCGAGCUCCCGCUGGUCAUUCAAGCGUUUCUGGGUCGGCAUGACAACACCGGAGAGUGGUUCUUGAAUGGAAACUACUUGAUCAUCAUAGUUAGCAUUUGCAUCAUUCUUCCUCUUGCACUCAUGAAACAACUUGGUUACCUUGGCUACACCAGUGGCUUCUCUCUCACCUGCAUGGUGUUUUUCCUCAUCUCGGUGGUGUAUAAAAAGUUCAACAUCCCGUGUCCGCUGGAUGACCCGCUUCAUAACGCCAGCCUGCUUGAGAACAACCACACCGAGACAGACAACCAGCUCUGUGACGCCCGGAUGUUCACGGUGAACUCACAGACAGCCUACACCAUCCCGAUUUUGGCCUUCGCCUUCGUCUGUCACCCCGAGGUUCUACCCAUCUACACAGAGCUGCGAGACGCCACCAAGAAACGCAUGCAGGGCGUCGCUAACGUCUCCAUCUUGGCGAUGUUUGUCAUGUACCUGCUCACCGCUCUGUUUGGCUACCUGACCUUCUUUGCUGCGGUGGAGCCUGAGCUGUUGCACACCUACAGUCGGGUGGACCCACUCGACGUCUUGAUUCUCUGCGUGCGGCUCGCUGUCCUGGUCGCUGUGACUUUGACGGUGCCUGUUGUUCUUUUCCCGAUCCGCAGAGCCAUCCUCCAAAUCCUGUUCCCCGAGAAGCCCUUUCACUGGGCCCGGCACGUCGUCAUCGCCUUUUGUCUCAUCUUCUUUGUCAACAUUCUGGUGAUCUUCGUGCCUUCCAUCCGCGACAUAUUUGGCAUCAUUGGAGCCACAUCGGCCCCCAGUCUCAUCUUCAUCCUGCCCGGGAUAUUCUACAUCCGCAUCGUUCCCGAGGACCAGGAGCCUCUGCUGUCCAGACCUAAAGUCCAGGCUGCUUGCUUUGCUGCUUUGGGAUUCAUCUUCAUGGUCGUGAGUUUGUCGUUCAUCUGCGUGGACUGGGUGAAUGGCGGGGGCCACAGUGGAGGCGGGCACUAGUGACUGGCAGGCGGCGGAGCGACUCCAGGAAAGAGUUCUCCCUGUCCAAUAUUCAUCCAGAUCAGCUACAUUGGCAUUUCAAGCCUCAUCACCCCCCCCAAAAACAAAAACACAAAACGGCUUGGCCGCACAAGAGUGUGGCAAAAUCUGGGAAAAUGUUAAGCACGGAGACGGGGAGGACACACUUUCUGGACGUGGGGGAGGAAAAAUAAAGGCACGUGGAUGCAACAGCGUGCGCCCGAAAAAAAAGGCUGGGAUCGGAAAGUAUGUCAAGAAACACCAAAGAUGUUGAGACCCAUGACUCAAAUGGAAACUAGGAUUGUCAAGCAGAACUCAAACAAUCUCAUUGGUUACGACUUUGCAAUGUUGGAAUGAACUCAGCUGCAGCGAGACGCGAACCGUUCCAAAUUAUGAUGUGAAGCUUUAUUUCAGACACUUGACUAUUGAGGUAUUUGAAACUAACUUAAAGGUCUCGAACCAAUCCCGAAACACCUUUGCUGCUAACCAAGAACUAGUUACUGACAAUCACAUGUGAAACACAAAAGGUGCUGUGUCUUCUGCCGUGAUACCAAAGUUACAACAUCCAUGCGCGGUACGUCCUUUUGUCUUGAAAUCCUUCGCCGGUGGCCAAGCAGAGAAGUGUUUCACUGAGAUUUCCGAGUGACAAAUGAUGAUCGACAGAUCUGUUAUUAAUAUAAAUGAAGUCUUUUGUUUGUGGCUUGAUGUUAAGAUAUGUUGAAUUUAUUAUUCAUCCUGUAUGUUUUUAAAUUAAUAUUGCUGUCUCUUAAUAAAGUAUGUCAUUGAUUUUGUAGGUCGCACGCAUGAAAUUGCUCCAUAUGAGAUCAAACUUUUGGGGUUAAAAGAGUUGAGCUGAGAACAAUGUUCCCUCUGAGCUGCGCUCGUGCGCAACUGUGCACAGCUGAUACCAAAAAAGUAUCUACGCUGCGCAACAAAAAAUAAUCCUGACUUGAGUAUAAAUCACUGCAAAGCCUUGUGACAUUAGACCAAUAAAAUGAAGCGCUGUUCGACCGUGUGUAUCUAUCCAUAACCGGCAGAUUCAUGAGCCUUGCCAGUUUGAGAAAGGAUAAAGUUGUUUGAAGUUCUUUGAUAUCCAGCACCCUAAAUGGUGUAA